AUGUCUUCCGUGUUUCAGAACGCCACUUUGGCGUCAACGCUGGCUCACAGUGGAUCCUAUCUAGAAACGUUGCACAAUGUCCAGGCCGGCCAGUCGCAGCUGAACGUCAUGGAACAAUACUGGGCGUCGUGGUACGUUUACAUGAACAACGACGUGCUGGCCACGGGCCUCAUGUUCUUCGUGCUGCACGAAUUCAUGUACUUCUUCCGUUGUUUGCCCUGGGCCAUCAUCGACCAGAUCCCAUACUUCCGUCGCUGGAAGAUCCAGCCCACCAAGAUCCCAAGCACCAAGGAGCAGUGGCACUGUCUCAAGUCUGUCUUGCUAUCGCACUUCCUUGUCGAAGCCAUCCCCAUCUGGACUUUCCAUCCAAUGUGCCAAAAACUAGGUAUUUCCGUCUCCGUUCCAUUUCCCUCGCCAAAAACCAUGGUUUUCCAAAUUGCCCUCUUCUUUGUUCUUGAGGACACUUGGCAUUACUGGGCUCACCGUCUGUUCCACUACGGUGUUUUCUACAAGUACAUUCACAAGCAACACCACCGUUACGCCGCUCCUUUCGGUCUAACUGCUGAGUACGCUCAUCCAGUGGAAACUUUGUCGCUAGGUUUCGGUACUGUCGGUAUGCCUAUCUUGUACGUCAUGUACACCGGUAACCUACAUUUGUUCACUCUUUGCGUGUGGAUCACUCUAAGACUUUUCCAAGCUGUCGACUCUCACUCUGGUUACGAUUUCCCAUUUUCAUUGAACAAGUUCCUACCUCUAUGGGCCGGUGCCGCUCAUCAUGAUCUCCACCACCAUUACUUUAUUGGUAACUACGCUUCUUCUUUCACCUGGUGGGACUACAGCUUGGACACUGAGGCUGGUCCAGAGGCCAAAGCCGAAAGAGAAGAAAGAAUGAGAAAAAGAGUCGAACUAAAAGCCAAGAAGGCUGCUUAG